ACAUGCGUGUUGAUGUAGUCGCGUUUGUCCACUCGUCUGUUUAUAUUUUUUGUAAAAAACGAGUGUUGUGUACGAAGUGAGAGGUCAGGCCACAGCAGGAUAGACACGGAGACAAUAUCAGCGCCACUUUUAUCUGCUGGACACUCUUGAAGGUCUGAAGAGAUGUCGUCCGUGUGGCAACAGGAGCCCUCAGGCUAUUCCCCCUGCGUAGAGAUCGACUCCAGCUCUGUGAGGACCAAAGAUCGGCUCAGCUCCCCAGUCUGGCUGAAACAGGAACAAGACGACCUCCGCAUCAUCAAGUGGGAGAACUUUCAAACAGGAGCUUCAGCAGAUGCUGUUCAGGACAACACACCCAGCAGCGCCAUGUCUGCUGCCUCACAUACAGAGAGCCUUCCCCCGAGGGUGCUGCUGACCAUCACCAAGCUGCAAUGCAUGCUGGAGAGCAAACAGGAGCGCAUCGCCGCACUGGAGAGACAGGUGGAGGAUCUGAUGCAAGACCGAAAGUUCCUGAGGAGCCAGAUUGAAAACCUCACAAGUAAUCGCUCCAUGCCAGCGUUUGCGUCGCCCAAUCCAGUGGUUGAAGUUUCUAAACCAAGCAAGGUGCAGCAUUCAGAAAAUAAAUCUCGAAAGAGAGAAAAAGCUUCUUCUAGUUCCUCCAGCAGCAGCGACAGUGGUUCUGAAGCAUCUGACUCAUCGGAAGUGUCAGCAGCAUCAAGUGAACACAGACGGAAAAAACACCACAAGGACAAGAAAAAGUCAAAGAAAGGGAAGGACUACAGCAGGAAGAGAGCUACUGGAGUCCAGUACGUCAUUCAUCGCUACAAACAAGUCCUGUCCGCCUUCAUCAAGAAGAAAAGCAUGAGCGAAGCGUUCCGUCACCUCGGAAUCGACCGGAACACCAUCGCAAACACGGCAUCGAUUGCUGAACUUCAUCUGGCUGGAAAAGACAUGCUGCCUCUGGUGGGCAUGUUUCGGCAAGGAGAAGAGACUCUGGUCAGUUACGCCCAAAGGUGCACCUUGGUCAUCGACAGCGACGCUGACCUGGCCAGAAAAAUAGACCAGAUGAAAGCCGACGGCGAGCUGUUGCCCAUCUCAGGGAAAAGGCCGAGGGUGUUGCAUUCUCACAUGCAGCAGCUGGGUGGUGCUGCAGAAAGCAUUUUAAUAGGUUGAUAAUCAUUUAGUUGGACGGAGAAGUAGUGAGACGUGAUAUUAUCACAGAUUUACAUCCUUUUUUGUUUUAGUUUUUCUCCCUAUCUGGACAGCUGGUUUUUAUUUAAUUUAUUGGAUUUCUCAAUUUAUUUUUUUAAGUCUUAAAUGGACCAGAAAUACUGAUAUAUACAUUCUAGUUUUCUCAGUUACAGUUUUCAUGAUAUAUAGUAUGUUAACGAUGGAGGAAAAAAAGAAUAGUUUACAGCUGCUUUUGUUCAUUUCUUUUUAAAAAAACUGUGUGUAGUGAUAAAAACAUCCACAAGAUGGCAGUAUAAUGUUUACAAAUCCCUUUCAUUUAUUUUAAAAUGGUGGAUAGACAUUUUCAGCAUUUAAGUUUUGUUUGAGGUGUUCAUAGAUAUGUGGAAAUAAUUCCUUCUCACCAUGUUAUUCAUAUGCUGUAAAUAAACAAUGAUUUAAAUAAAAAAUAUACACUCUUCAUA